ACGACCUUUGCUGGCGUUUCGUCCUCCGAACAAGCCGGCAUUCUCGUUAUUGCCAAUCUAUUUUUUUAUCUUCACAUGCCUAGCUUUUAAAUGACCUCUAUUCCUCCAAAAACCCGGUCGAAGCGGGCUGAAGGGGCUGUCUUAAGUGGUCGACCGCGAACAGCCUGUGACGCAUGCCGGUCUCUCAAAGUGCGUAUAGUUGGAGAUGAUAGGUUCUAACUUGUACGCCAAUUGUACUCAGUAAGCUAACUGUCGUAACUAUCUAUUUUCAAUAGAUACGAUGUAGUAACGAUGGAUCAUCGUGCAAGAGGUGCAUACGACUCCAACGACAGUGCACCUGGCGACGCAGUCCAAACAAUAAAGAAGGCGAUAAUGGUCCAGUAUCUACAUCAAAUACUGUGCUUUCUCAUCUUGGAGCGCCUCUAGAGCGACGACACAGCCAAUCAAAGACUGAUUCUGAAAUACCACCACCGCUGCUAUCGAAUCUCGUCGACGAAUACCUUGCUCACGGCUUCUAUGCCAACUUGCUUUUCCACCCACAACUGUUAAGAGAUGAUCUUGCACAGGAUAAAGUCGACCAGCAUGUUAUUCUCGGCAUGUGUGCAUUGGCAUCCAUCUCUUAUGCAGAUGCCAGCGGUCGAAAUUACCUUGUAGAUGAUGGUUUUUCCUAUAAAUGGGCCGACCAAGCCAGCGUACUCGUACUGAGUGAGCUAAUGUCGCCUACUGAGAAUACUCUCGUUUCGCUGAUCAAUUUGACACUCUUCUGGUACUGCCAGGGGCACUGGAAGCGAUCUUUUGUGCUUGGAUUAAAUUGCAUUGGCGUCAUCCGCGUCCUUGGUCUUGAAGAUUUAGUCUCAAAUAACGAGGCUUCGCUUACGGCAGAAAUCUCUAGACGAAGACUUUGGGGAGCCUUGAUUCUUAGUAUAACUUCCGGAAGAGACGACGUUCUAACAAUGACGGGGCCGGUAAUGCAGGCUCUGCCGCUACCAUGCGAUGACGACGCCUUUGCCAGGGGAGAAGUGUCGCUGCCGCUGCUUACAAUGACGGACAAUGGUCGCAGCCCAAGCUUUUUUGCCGAGUUCAUUCGAAUAUUUAACCUUUGGCAAGCGGUGCACAUGUUUGUACAAGAUACCAAGCUGCACGGGGAUGAUAAGAGCACCAAAAUGCAAAGCCUUGACGCAAGGCUGCACGAGUGGAAUCGUAAUCUACCCAGCCGAUUCUUAUUGACACCUUCAAAUAUUGGCAGCGCAUCAUCGGUCAUUGUGGCGCAGAUAGUGCUCUUGCAUAUACACUUCCACCAGUGUCUCUGCGUUCUGCAUUCUUCUGUUGUGCCACUGUUUACGUUUGGGGCAGCAAGUGAUGUUCAGCCUCAUUUCCAAUCUGUAUCAGCCCAGUUAUGUUUCGAUCAUGCCAACCAAAUCUCCAGCACAUUUGAACUAGCACUCGAUUGGUGCACAUCGCACGCAUAUGGCUUCGUUGGCUAUGCAGCAUACUGCGCCACAGCGAUCCAGCUGCCUUUUCUACAAUGUAGUGACGAAACAAUCAGUCUACGAGCACUAGCAAAUAUAGCAGUCAAUAAUCGCGUCAUACACGGAGUUGCUAAACGAUGGAGAUUCGUCGCUGGUCUGGAAAAACACAUCAAAGUUUUACGACAAUACCACGAAAGCUAUGGAUCUACACUCGCUGAUCGUCCCGUCGGGCUGCCCUCAUCACAGCUAAACGAGAGCAACGGUAGUUUCACACGAACAAGAGCGUCCAUUCUUACCCAUAACGAUCUUAUAUUUUCAACAAAAUCUCUUCCUGACGACGAUAAUGACUCACAGCAUCUUAACGUCGAUAAGGAGCUAGAAGAGUGGCUACAAAACCAAGCAAUGUUCACGCAGCAUUUUGGCGACAGCGACUACAUGCAGUGCGGCCUUUUAUUAGAGCCAUUUUAUCUAUUAGAUGAUCUAAACGUCUUUCCAAGUUAAUAUCUCGAGGAAUACCUUAGCGGAAAGUGUCUGAUUUUCGGGACCCCCCAAAUACGGCCAAAACACUCUCAUACAAACGUAUUUAUUUAUCAAGAUACGUUAUAUGCUACAUUAGAAACGUAAAAACUUGUAGAGUACGUGUGAUUAUCUCUAAAAUUCUAAAAUAUAAUAAUGUUUUUGUUUAUACAAACAAACAAACGUUCUUUUUAUCUUUGGACGUCCGAAAAAUCAGCG